AUGUCUGAAUUUUUAGAAAUAGAUGGAAGCAUAUUAGAAGGGGGUGGUCAAAUAUUACGUAUCUCGAUCUCUUUAAGUGCUAUAUUGUGUGUACCAAUUCGUAUAAUCAAUAUACGGGCGAAGCGGAGUAAACCUGGGCUUGCAGCACAGCAUCUUGUUGGUAUAAAACUUGUGGCUGAUAUGUGUGGAGCUAAGUUAACAGGUGCGGACAUGGGCUCUAUGGAAAUAACCUUUAUUCCGGGUCGCAAAAUCCGACAAGGCCACUAUGUGGCAGAUACUCGCACUGCAGGGUCUAUCACCCUGCUCCUCCAAGUGGCUCUUCCGUGUGCGCUGAUGGCUGAUGGACCAGUCACUCUGGAUCUGAAGGGAGGUACUAAUGCUGAAAUGGCCCCCCAGAUUGAUUAUUUCACUGGAGUCUUUAUGACAACUCUAAUGAAAUUUGGUGUUAACGUGGACGUGAAGGUCCAUAGGCGAGGAUAUUAUCCAAAAGGCGGUGGUCACGUCACCGUCCAAGUGGAGCCUGUCCAGAAGUUCCAGGCCGUCAAACUUAUAGAACGGGGAAAACUUGUCAAGGUGUACGGCUGGAGCUUUGUGGCUGGAACUCUACCCAUAAAGCUGGCGCACGAAAUGGCGGAUGGGGUGAAGGAAAUAAUAUCCCCGGUACACGAAAGUAUUGAUAUCCAGAUUUACAAGGAGAAUAGUAAAACUGCACCAGACAACUGCAGCGGUAUUAUCGUGGCGUGCGAGUCGGAGCGCGGGUGCGCGCUGGGCGCCGACGCGCUGGGCCGGCGCGGCGCGGCGCCCGACCACGUGGGGCGCCAGGCCGGCCUUACACUGCGCUCGCUCAUCGAAUGCGGCGCCUGCGUCGACAACUACGCGCAGGACCAAAUGAUAAUAUACAUGGCUCUAGCCGAGGGCGAGUCUAUCUUGAAAUGCGCUAACAUCACCCUCCACACCGAGACCGCUAUCCACGUCGCCCAAAUGAUCUCUAAGGCGAAGUUUGUAAUGUACGAUGACCCAGAUGAAACCUGGACAGGCGAACAGAAUAUAAUGCAUUGUCUUGGCAUGAGGCACACCAACAGGCACUUCCCGAGCGAGUACUGGGAGGUGAAGCAGCGCGAGACCUAA